GGCAACUAUGGAGAAAGUGGUAUGGAAGCUUUCAAAGACAUGUCUGCCAAGGAAGGAAUUUGCAUCGCCCACUCUUACAAAAUCUACAGCAAUGCAGGAGAGCAAAGCUUUGACAAGCUGCUGAAAAAACUCACAAGUCACUUGCCCAAGGCCCGGGUGGUGGCCUGCUUCUGUGAGGGCAUGACAGUGAGAGGUCUGCUGAUGGCUAUGAGACGCCUGGGUCUGGCAGGAGAAUUUCUGCUUCUCGGCAGUGAUGGCUGGGCUGACAGGUAUGAUGUGACAGAUGGCUAUCAGCGAGAAGCUGUUGGUGGAAUCACAAUCAAGCUCCAAUCUCCUGAUGUCAAGUGGUUUGAUGACUAUUACCUGAAGCUCCGUCCAGAAACAAACCUCAGAAAUCCUUGGUUUCAAGAAUUUUGGCAACAUCGUUUCCAGUGCCGGCUGGAAGGGUCUGCACAGGAGAACAGCAAGUACAACAAGACUUGCAAUAGUUCUUUGACUCUGAGAACACAUCAUGUUCAAGAUUCCAAAAUGGGGUUUGUGAUCAACGCCAUCUAUUCCAUGGCCUAUGGCCUCCACAACAUGCAGAUGUCCCUCUGCCCUGGCUAUGCAGGACUCUGUGAUGCGAUGAAGCCAAUUGAUGGACGGAAACUCUUAGACUCUCUGAUGAAAACCAAUUUCACUGGAGUUUCUGGAGAUAUGAUCCUAUUUGAUGAAAACGGAGACUCUCCAGGAAGGUAUGAGAUAAUGAAUUUCAAGGAAAUGGGGAAAGAUUAUUUUGAUUACAUCAAUGUUGGAAGUUGGGACAAUGGAGAAUUAAAAAUGGAUGAUGAUGAAGUAUGGUCCAAGAAAAAUAAUAUCAUAAGAUCUGUGUGUAGUGAACCAUGUGAGAAAGGCCAGAUAAAGGUGAUCCGGAAGGGAGAAGUCAGUUGUUGUUGGACCUGCACACCUUGCAAGGAGAAUGAGUAUGUCUUUGAUGAAUACACCUGCAAGGCCUGCCAGCUGGGGUCCUGGCCCACUGAUGACCUGACAGGUUGUGAUUUGAUCCCAGUUCAGUACCUCCGCUGGGGGGACCCUGAGCCCAUUGCAGCAGUGGUGUUUGCCUGCCUGGGCCUACUGGCCACCUUGUUUGUCACUGUAGUCUUCAUCAUUUAUCGUGAUACUCCAGUAGUCAAGUCCUCCAGCCGGGAACUCUGCUACAUUAUUCUCGCUGGCAUCUGCCUGGGCUAUUUAUGUACUUUCUGCCUCAUUGCAAAGCCUAAACGGAUUUAUUGCUAUCUUCAGAGAACUGGCAUUGGGCUCUCUCCAGCCAUGAGCUACUCAGCCCUGGUAACCAAGACCAACCGUAUUGCAAGAAUCCUGGCCGGCAGUAAGAAGAAGAUCUGCACCAAAAAGCCCAGAUUCAUGAGUGCCUGUGCCCAGUUGGUGAUUGCUUUCAUUCUCAUAUGUAUCCAGUUAGGCAUCAUUGCGGCCCUUUUCAUAAUGGAGCCUCCUGAUAUAAUGCAUGACUACCCAAGCAUUCGGGAAGUCUACCUGAUUUGUAACACCACCAACCUAGGAGUUGUCACGCCUCUGGGAUACAAUGGCUUGCUAAUUUUGAGCUGCACCUUCUAUGCGUUCAAGACCAGAAAUGUUCCAGCCAACUUCAACGAAGCCAAGUAUAUCGCCUUCACGAUGUACACCACCUGCAUUAUAUGGUUGGCCUUUGUACCAAUCUACUUUGGCAGCAACUACAAAAUCAUCACCAUGUGUUUCUCCGUCAGCCUCAGUGCGACAGUGGCCCUAGGCUGCAUGUUUGUACCGAAGGUGUACAUCAUCCUGGCCAAACCAGAAAGAAAUGUGCGCAGCGCCUUCACCACGUCCACGGUGGUGCGCAUGCAUGUAGGAGACGGCAAGUCCUCCUCUGCAGCCAGCAGAUCCAGCAGCCUAGUCAACCUGUGGAAGAGGAGGGGCUCCUCUGGGGAAACCCUAAGGUACAAAGACAGGAGGCUGGCCCAGCACAAGUCGGAAAUAGAGUGUUUCACCCCCAAAGGGAGUAUGGGGAAUGGUGGAGCAACAAUGAGCAGCUCCAAUGGCAAGUCUGUCACAUGGGCCCAGAACGAGAAGAGCAGCCGGGGGCAGCACCUGUGGCAGCGGCUGUCGGUGCACAUCAACAAGAAGGAGAACCCCAACCAGACCGCGGUCAUCAAGCCCUUCCCCAAGAGCACUGAGGGCCGCGGGCUGGGCCCCUGCGCGGGCGGCGCGGGCGCGGGCGCGGGCGCGGGGGGCGCGGGGAGCGCGGGGAGCGCGGGCGCGGGGGGUCCCGAGCCCCCUGACACCGGCCCCAAGGCGCUGUACGACGUGGCGGAGGCAGAGGAGCAGCUCCCCGCGGGCGCGCGGCCGCGCUCGCCCUCGCCCAUCAGCACGCUGAGCCGGCGCGCGGGCUCGGCCGGCCGCACGGAGGACGACGCGCCAUCGCUGCAGUCGGAGCCCGCGGCGCGCAGCAGUUCGUCGCAGGGCUCCCUCAUGGAGCAGAUUAGCAGCGUGGUGACUCGCUUCACGGCCAACAUCAGCGAGCUCAACUCCAUGAUGCUGUCCACCGCGGCCCCCGGCGCCGGCCCGGGCGCCCCACUCUGCUCGUCCUACCUGAUCCCCAAAGAGAUCCAGCUGCCCACGACCAUGACGACCUUCGCCGAGAUCCAGCCGCUCCCGGCCAUUGAAGUCACCGGCGGCGCGCAGCCCGCGGCGGGGACCCCAACCCAGGACACCCCUGCCGCGGCCGGCACCGAGGCUACGCCAGGCAAGCCCGACCUGGAGGAACUGGUGGCUCUCACCCCACCGUCCCCCUUCAGAGACUCUGUGGACUCGGGGAGCACCACGCCCAACUCGCCAGUGUCCGAGUCAGCCCUCUGUAUUCCAUCGUCUCCCAAAUAUGACACUCUCAUCAUAAGAGAUUACACUCAGAGCUCCUCGUCAUUGUGA